AUGAGUAGCAGGGCUAGGAACUUGUGUACCCUCCCUGCAAAUAAUGCAAAAUACCAUCACGGUCAAGUUGUUUGGAACAGGAUUUGUUUCCAUAAAGGGCCAGCUCUACCACCUAUAGGUCAAAUUGCCCGUGUGGUAAGUUUGGCUAUGGUCAAAUCAAAUUUUGUUGUUCAUGGUGUGAUUGCCUUCAUCAUAGGGGAGCUUGCGUGGACAAAAGGGAAAUGGGCAGAAGCCGAGUCCUCUCCGACAAGGGAUUCGUUUUAUGUGCAUGCACAAGAUGGACGUGUAUAUAUAACCACAGCUCUCUUUGCAGCCAUAGAGGUUUUUAUCUUGUUUCUCAGGGCUGUCUAUUUGGUGAUUUUGUUCUCUCCUUGCAUAGCUAUGGCUCCUUUAGUUGACUCUUUUGGCACUCAAUUUAGAAAAACAUGGAUUCAUGUUGUUCGCAUUACACUUGAAAAAGCUGGCCCAGCAUUCAUUAAGUGGGGUCAAUGGGCUGCAACCAGACCUGAUCUCUUUCCAAGGGAUCUCUGUGAUGAACUUGCAGAAUUUCAAACAAAAGCACCAUCACAUAAAUUUAACUAUAGCAGAAAAUGCAUUGAAAAUGCAUUUGGUCGCAAAUUACAUGAAAUAUUUGAAAAGUUUGAGGAGGAACCAGUAGCAUCAGGUAGCAUUGCUCAAGUUCAUCGAGCUACACUAAGAUACAAAUUCCCUGGUCAACAAAUCAAGCCUGUUGAUGUAGCAGUGAAGGUCCGACAUCCAGGGGUUUGUGAAGCAAUUAGAAGAGAUUUUGUCCUUAUCAAUCUUUUGAUCUUUGAAGCAGCGCAUCUUAGUCGCUUUAUCUAUAAUUUCCGGAGAUGGAAAGAUGUUUCAUUCCCAUUGCCUCUGUAUCCCCUCGUUCACCCUUCUGUUUUGGUAGAAACCUUUGAACAGGGUGAAAGCGUUUUGAACUAUGUUGACCAUCUUGAAGGACACGAACAUUUCAAAAGUGCACUAGCUCAUAUUGGAACACAUGCUCUUUUGAAGAUGCUUUUGAUGGACAAUUUUAUCCAUGCAGACAUGCAUCCUGGAAAUAUUCUUGUCCGAGUAGGAAAAAGUAAAUCAUCACCUAUACCACUCUUGAAGUCAAGGCCUCAUGUAAUUUUCCUUGAUGUGGGCAUGAUUACUGAACUUUCGAAGAGGGAACGAGAAUAUUUACUGGAAUUCUUUAAGGCUGUUGCACUUCAAGAUGGACGUUCAGCUGCAGAGUGCACACUUAGAUUAUCCAAACGACAAAAUUGCCCGGACCCAAGAUCUUUUAUUGAGGAGGUGGAUAAAUCAUUUAAACUUUGGAGGUCUCCAGAAGGUGAAUCUGUCCACACAGCUGAUCGAAUGCAACAAUUGCUUGAACAUGUUAGACGCUGUAAAGUUAAUAUAGAUGGAAAUGUUUGUGCUGUGAUAGUGACCACACUGGUUCUGGAGGGUUGGCAGCGAAGGCUUGAUCCAGAAUAUGAUGUGUUGAAUGCUUUGCAAACACUGCUAUUUAAAGCUGACUUGGUAGAGUCUCUCUCUUAUGCGAUUGAGGGAUUGGUGGCCCCGUGA